AUGCCACCCUCGCCAAGGAAAUCUAUCAAGGAGCGCGAGCUGUUCUCCCUGACCUCAUCUCUACCAUGUUGCUCGUGGCUGAAGGUAGUUCUGUGCAGCCACAUGCGCAAUCUAUGGAUGGUGCUCAUGGCCCUCACUGUGCUCUGUGUGGCCAUCCAGAUCCUAGGAGUCGUCUGGCAAUCCAGGAACGAUAAGAUGUUAAGCGAGAAGCUCCUGAAUGUGCAGUUCACCAUCAAGAUCCAGAGAACGCUCCCGACAGAGCAGAGGGACUGGGUGCGCUUGCGCUCUUCGCACGCCCCUGUCGUAGAAGAGGAAAUGAGGUCACAGGAGGAAGGAGCUCUUAAACAACGGGCCAAAGGGAACCAGAAGGUAGCAGAACAUCAACAUAGUAGAGAUGAGCCAGGGGUGGAGAGGCGUGUCCAGAAGAAUCACCAACAUCUAAAGCUCUCAUACACUGUCAAUAAGGUCAAAGACUCUAGGAAAGAGGCAAGGGGUAAAGUUUCAGCAGUAAAGGCAGCCCUGCCCAAAGUCACACUGGGUGAUGAUGAGUUGCAUUUGGGGGUUCCUGGGUCUGUAGUUCUCCAGCUGGGCCACCCACCUAUCAAAGUGGUAUCCACCUUACCUUACAAACCUCCUGAACUCCCCUCAACCAAUCUACUGAAGAGUAGAAACAGCCCCGCCCCUUUAGGCACCAACUCUGUAGUUGCCGGGGUGAUAAAUGAGGUGAAAUCGGAGAUAGCCAGCGCCACCUGUCGGCCGAAGAACCACAUUGUCUUUCUCAAGACGCACAAAACGGCCAGCAGCACCAUCCUGAACAUCUUAUAUCGCUAUGGCGACAGCCGCAAUCUGACCUUCGCCCUUCCACUGAACAAGCACAGCCAGCUGUUCUAUCCCUUCUUCUUCGCCUCACACUUUGUGGAGGGAGUGAGGAGCCGCAGUGUCAAAGAGUUCAACAUCAUGUGCAACCACAUGAGGUUCAGACCAGCAGAGGUGAGGAAAGUGAUGCCCCAGGACACGUUCUACUUCUCCAUCCUGAAGAACCCCGUUGCCAUGAUGGAGUCCAUCUUCAUCUACUACAAGAGCAUCCCCGCCUUCCACAAGGCCCGCAGCCUGGAUGACUUCCUUGACAAUGGUUGGCGUGGUUACAACACCUCCCUGCCCAACAACCAUUAUGCCCGUAACAUCCUGACCUUUGACUUUGGCUUCGACAACAACGUCGCAACAGAGACGCCCGGAGACCUGGAGACGCGGGGCGCCAAAGCCAUUGGCGCCAUCGAGCAGGACUUCCACCUCAUCCUCAUCUCAGAGUACUUUGACGAGUCCAUGAUCCUGCUCAAGCGUGCCCUCUGCUGGUCUCUGGACGAUGUCGUCUCCUUUAAGUUGAACAGCCGAAGCGAGCGCACACGGCACAUGCUCUCCCCGCACACCGCCGACAAGAUCAGAGCCUGGAAUGCCCUUGACUGGCAGCUCUACCUGCACUUUAACAUCACCUUCUGGCGACGCGUGGACACUACUGUGGGGCGUGAGGAGAUGAGGCGGGAGGUGACUCGGCUGCAGGAGCGACGUGCCGAACUAGCCAAUACCUGCCUGAAGGAUGGUGGUGCAGUGGACCCGUCGCAGGUGAAGGACGCCGGGCUGAAGCCCUUCCAGUAUGGGGCGGCCAUCAUCCAGGGCUACAACCUGAACCCUGGGCUGGUCGGGCCCACCAAAACACACUGUCAGAACCUGGUCACUCCAGAGCUGCAGUACACAGACACUCUCUACACCAAGCAGUUCCCUGAGCUUGCCGCCAGGCAGAGACAGGCUGCCAAACUGGCCGCCUCACAGCGUCAGCCUAGUUCAGUUAAGGUCAACCCGAACAAAGUAGCCAUGACUGGGCCGGUGAGGGGCCAUGUCCCUCAGAACUUCUAUCUGAUCCUGCGAGGUCUGGCCCUAGUCUCUAAGAGGUGUGUGGACCAGCACACAGGAGAGAUCAGCCACAAGACUGCUGCCUUCCUCAAGACUGGCAGGAGCUUCGGGCUGAAUGAAUGUCUCACUGAGUGA